AUGUCUACCUAUAAAGGUCCAGGUACUUACUACAUCAUCAACGCCGCCACUCAAACGGCUUUGGAUCUGUAUUUAGGUGGGUCGGCUGCAGGCACCGCCAUCAGUGGCUGGGAAGCUAGUUUCGAUAGCAACACCCACCAGAUCUGGCUCAUUGCCGACGUAGGUCGCGGCCAAGUCCUCAUUCUUAACCAAGGGACCGGAACCUUUGUCACCUCUCCUCAGGAUCUUCAACCAACCUCAAACCCUACCCCCGCUACACUUGCCUCUGUCAAGGGCGACCCAGGCACACCAAGCGAGCUUUAUAGGCGCUGGAUCGUGCAACCACAAAGUGAUGGCAAUGUUGCAUUUUCGAGCGUAGCUUAUCCAACAAAAGUGCUUGAUCUGGACAAUGGGGGCAAGGCUAAUGGAACGCCGGUUCUCGCCUGGGGAGAUCAUCAAGGAAGUAACCAGCGCUGGCAAUUGGUUCCCUAUUUUGGUUAG